AUGAGGGAUCGUCUUUUUUCCUUGCUCAUCAUAUUUCUAGUAGUAUAUGCAUUUUUUCUCACUUUUAAUGAUUCUGAACAAUACCCACAAGAAUUUUCGAGAAAUGUACUUUCGGUGGGAAAACCUGCGCCAAAACAAUACUUCGGAUUCUAUCAGACGGAACGGGAUAAAGAAUUCAAAGAAAAAAAAGUAAGCAAUUUACUGUCGAUUAAAAAUAGUAUUGUCGAAAUUCAAAAAUGUGGCAGCCGUAAAAAAUAAAAACCAGUGCAAAGCUGAAUGAACGACAAAGUCAUUACUUCGUCAGUCGCGUGCGGCUGUGCGUCGCGGUCGAGAAACAAUCUAUAUAUCACAGCUAAAAAAAGAUUUAUUUUGUUACCGUGAUACGGUAUGCAUCGGUGUUUGCAGACAAGAGAGACCUUGCCUGUUUCGAACAAAAAAAACGUAACUAAAGUGUUUAAUAUAUUUUCUUCUUUUUUUUAGCUGUGUAUCAAUAAUCCAUUUUUUCCUUUGCAUCUUGACCUCGACGCAUAGCCGCACGCGACUGACGAAGUAAUGACGUUGUCGUUCAUUCAGCUCUGCACUGGUUUUUGUUUUUUACGUCUGCCACAUUUUUCAAAUUCGACAAUACUCUAGACAAAAAACUUCGUCAGAGUGCUUAAGGGCUACCGUGGAUCAGAAAGACUUAUUUUGUUGCAGCUCCCCACUCCCGAAUCUGCCUAUCUUCUUUCCGCUUUCGAAUUUCCCAAUGAGAUUUCAAUUGUGCACACAAAUCGAGACAUUACUGGUGCCACCCUUUGGUGUCGAUAUUUCGACGAGAAUUCGACUGAAAUCUCAUUUCCUCAAAAAUCAUUCACAUUUCCAAUUUAUUUGGUGAAUUGUCCAAAAGUUCCAGGAACUCAAAGAGUUUCUUUGAGUGUUUUUGAAAAUUCGACAGAUUUCGAUUUUCCAAUUCCUUUGGUUCAACGUGACGAAGUCGAUUAUGGCGCAGAAAAAUAUGAAUUUUCAAUGUGUGUGUCACCAAUUUACGGAAAAGAGCCGAAAUGGCUGAUGAUUUCGGAGCUCAUUGAGCACUAUAAAUUACAAGUAAGUCAUUUUUUAAGUAAAGUUGUGAGGCUUUGUGUGAUUCCUUUCAGUAUUUUCCUAUUUCUUCAGGGUGUCAGCCAUUUCUAUUUCUAUAUUCAUCUAAUCGAUCAAUAUAGUCGAGCAAUUCUGGAGGAAUAUCAAAAAACUGGGGAGAUUACUGUAGUCAAUUUAUUAGAAAAAUACGAUAGAGGUGUAAGCGAUUGGCAAAUUGUACAAUAUCGAGUGAGUUUACGCCAAUAAAAUAUUUUGAAAAAAUAAUCGUUGAGGAUUGUCAACUUCGCGCGAAAUUCGAGUCUCGCUGGGCGCUUUUCGCUGAUUUAGAUGAGCGAAUACUUAUGACUGGUUAUCCGGGAACAAUUCUGAAUUAUUUGAGAGAUUUGAAAAAUGCGCAGAAUAUUGGAGCGGUCGUUUUUAGGCAGAGAUGGAUUUUGAAAACUGAAACUAUGCCUGAAAAAUAUGUCAAUGAUAGUCAUGUGAGUUUUCUUGGAAGCUGAUAGGUAAAACCUUCUGGCACCGAACCACGGAAAUAUCUUCCAGCUCCUUUCCUGGCUCCCAACUCUUCGCUGGCAUAACACAUCUUCAGUUGGCCCUCCAGGACAUACUGUCAAAACUAUUGCGGAUCCAAGAAAAGUCUACGAAGCCUGGGUGCAUUAUCCAAAACGAUAUUAUCCGGGCCAACAUGAAUCACACGAUGUAAAGCCGGAAGAUGGUUAUGUUAGGUGGGUGGAAAUUCGGAACAUUUUCUAAUAGUCUAGAAAUUAAUGUUUUUCUUCUUUCCCAGACAUUAUCGCGAUCAAAAAAUGGGGAAUUGGGGUAAAACGUGGAUCAAUGAUGUCAUUACAUUCGGCCCGUUUUCGCUGACAAAUUAUUCCGAAAUUUAUCAGGAAAAAUUGGUGGAAAAUGUGCGAAAGAGAGUGGAGAAUGUAUACAAAAAUUAUAAUUUGAAAUUGGAGGAUUAG